AUGGAUGAAGCGGUUGCUUCUUCACCUUCCUCGCCCCCGGAAAACGGACAACCUGUCCAGACCUCCACAGCCGAUGACGCCGGCACGAAAACAAAGACCGACUUAACGGCACCCCCAAAUGCAGAAACCUUUCCAUCGUUGUCCGGACACUGGCUUUUGAGCUUUCUCGAGACGGCCGACAAUACUGUGCUCCUUGGACUACUCGGCGCUUCGGCGAUUCUCAUAUAUCUCAUCCUCGGGAGACUAGGACUACUUCUCAUCGGUCUGGUUUCAGGAUUCUUCUUUCAUGAUUAUUGGUUAGGACUCAUCACGGAAAAGAGUUCAGGAGAUGAAGGAAGUGUCAUUGCGUUAUAUUUCUCACGCAGGCGAAGAGAGCUUGGGAUUGAAGUCGCCUCUCGACUUCUCGACUGGAAACCUCAGAAUGAUGUUCUUAGAGGGGAUCAAGAAAGAGCCGAAGCUGCAUCAGCCGAUGGGGAUACGGCUGUAUUAGAUCUAUCCAAGUUUCCUCCCGCGACUGCUGCUGCUCUUACGGAGUUAAUAGAUUCUAUGAUGAAUGACUACGUGCUCCACUGGUACAAGCCUAUAUUGCCCACCGACGAUUCGUUCCCUCUUUCCUGCAGAAAAAUCAUUGUCAGAUUUGUUAACUCGCUUUCGACGCAUAUGACCCGUAAACGCUCGGCGGACACAUUUCUUCAGUUCGUUACCAAUUCGAGUUCCAUGAUUAUCGUGUUCCUCAACGAAUUAUCUCUUGCCUUGCCAGAGGCAGCCCCCGAUUCAUCGUCAACCGAAGAACAUGUCAGGCAAUACCUGAAAAAUUACCCUGACAGUAACCUAGCCAAUGUACUGUCAAUAGAUCAACAGCAGAAGAAAUUGAAAAUGGUCGCGGAUGAUGUGCUUUUCAACUUCUUAGACUCCUCUGUUUAUAACUGCGACACGCUGAAACAAUUCCUUCGCGGGAUCUUUGCCGGCGUCGUCCUUGAAUCAAUCGUUACGAGCUGCUCAAAACCAGACUUUAUUAAUAGCUGGAUAGUUCAUCUUUUGAGGGAAGGCGAGCCGCAGAUUAUGAAUGCGAUUGAUGCCGGGCUCGAAAGCGCCUCUCAAGGUGAUAUAGCUGCUCUAUCAGGAAUCGCAGGAAACGCAUCACAGGAUCUAGGAAUGGCCGUGCGUGGUGUGAAAGCAAAGAAGACGGCGCAUCACAAACAGGACAUUUCCAUGAUGCCUAAGUACGACAGUGAUGGGACCGUCCUAUCAAAGGACCUUUCUGAGGAAAAGAAGAACGGGGAGCCGUCCACAAAAAGUUUUCCAGGAACUGUGCCAAGCUCCACCGAAGGAAAAAAGUCAAAGGAGAACCGAGAGGAAGCCUCGCAACGGCUGCUUGAAACUGUAAGCCAGGAGCAUAGUUUGGCCGGAACAACGAACAUCGGUGCUCGAGAGGAAGUGGAAGAUGCUGUGCAUGUUCUAUACGGAGCUUCUGUAAUAGUUGACGAUGUUUCUAUGCCUGGUGAUAGGACAGCAAUGAAAGCCAAGCCGACGACUGAAUAUAUGCUUCAGAUAGAACCGGCUUCCACACGGUACCCGGGCUGGAUGAUCUUCCGAAGGUAUCAAGAUUUUGAGUAUCUGCAUGAAGGGCUCUCGACAUUAUCCAGAUACCAUCAUGUUCCCUUUCUAGACGUCCAUCCUGUGCUACCUAGUUAUCGUGACCAAACAAAGUCGUCGCUGGCGAAGGCACUGGAACGAUAUCUCCGGGAUGCAUUGGAACAUAGAGAAUUUGCUAAGUCUGAGCGCCUUAGACGAUUUCUCGAUAAGGAUACUGAACUCAGUCAAACACCGACUUCUGGAAAAGCGGCAUUCAAUCUGCGUGCGUCAAGCACGUUUGAGAAUAUGGGAAAGAACGUGUUAGGCGUCUUGUCGAAUGCGCCCAAGGGAGUUGCAGGAGGCGGUAAAGCCAUGUUAGAAGGAGUGACUGGAGUUCUCGCUGGUGCAAACAGGAGCAGAAAGAGUUUGGAUAUCACAUCGAGAGAAUCAAAGAACCCCUCGGCUAUUGACUUAAACGACUAUCUUGGUGCGAUCCAAGAACAUUCACCCGAGGCUAUCUCGCAAGAUCUAUCUCAAGGCCCGGGUAGCCCGACAGACACCGAUCAACCUGCCAGUGAAUCAUCUAGCGAUCCCAUCGAAACACCCAGAACAGAUGCAGGAGACCAGGGACUGGCUACAGAUCAAUCAUCAGAGCAGAUCCCUUCGUCGAACGCACAGAGUGGGUCAAUCAGCCCUAGAUCAUCUGCGGCCUCCCCGAUAUCGAUGACAAACCUUGAAAAGGACACUGCAGGUCUUGAGAUCCCCAGUGAUUCUGCCCAAGUGCAAGAGGGAGAAGUAAACACGGCAAAGUAUCGAAGAACGAGCGUUAACCAGCCCCGCACGACCUUAAAGCCUUCAGGAAAUCCCAUCACUGAAGACGAAACUCGCGUAGCCGUCGAGCUUAUAUUUGCGGUCAUUAAUGAACUAUAUACAUUGUCUUCUGCCUGGAAUUUCCGAAAGACACUACUAAAUGCGGCAAAAUCUUAUAUUCUACGCCCACGCAAUCCACAUUUGGAACAAAUUCGUGUCCUGGUUCAAGACUCGAUGAUUGACUCCAACACGACGGACGAAGCGAUCGCCGCCAAUCUUCUUAAAAUCCGACAAAACUCUCUACCCACGGAGGAAGAGAUGAAAGCCUGGCCACCUCCAUUAAGCAAGGAAGAAAGCGAUAAACUCAAGGACGAAGCGAGAAAGCUGCUGAUUGAGAGGGGUAUGCCUCAAGCCCUGAUGAGCGUGAUGGGUGCAGCAGCAUCUGGAGAAGCGCUAGGGAAGGUCUUUGAUUGUCUUCAGAUUGAGGAGGUUGGACGAGGAUUCAUGUUUGCUCUCAUUUUGCAGGCAUUAAGAGCCGUGAUCCUCUAA